AUCCCUAUUGUCCAAGAUGGCGGCAGUGGUGCAGCUUCUGUGAUGCCGACAUGUUUUUAAACGGCAUUGCCUUUUUUUCGUUAAUAUACAAGUCGAUCUUAAGCGUCCGGGUGGAGAGUUCGACUCUACCGGUGCUGUCCUGUACCACCUUACUCUCGCAAAAACUCAGAAAAUCGCUCUCCGGAUCUGAUUCCCUCUUCCACCGGUGCUACUGCUAUUGCCACAGCCACCACCGCCUCUUCUACUACCGCUGCAGCUUCAGCAGGCACCGAAAAGUUUGAGCUCCAUCAUCGUGUGAAAAUGAAACGCCAAGCCGGCAGAGACAGCAGUCCGCCCAGGGCCGCCGCUAAAAGGUUGCGCGAGAGGGAACGAGAGAGUGGUCGGAGAGACGAGCUGCCACCACCACCGCUUGCUCUGCUGCUGACAGAGAGUCGUGGAUACCAUCGCCGGAGCCGCAGCAGAGAGCGAGAAAAGCCACGGAUGAGGGAGGAGCGGACAGCUGCGGCCGCCGCCGUUACUUUGGAUCUGCACCACCGGCACGAACUAAGCCUCCUUGGCCGACCACCGCUGCGGACUACCACUGCAGCAGCAGCAGCAGCAGCAGCGGGGGCUACGGCAGAGCUGCCAGCUGCAAGGCCCGGGACUCUGGAGUACAAGACGCUGCUAAUUAGCAACCUGGGCUCGCAGGUGUCAGACGAGGACGUGGAGGACGCGCUUUUUCACGACUUUAAAAAGUUCGGCGAUGUCAGUGUGAAGCUUUCCCAUACGCCGGAGCUGGGCAGGAUCGCCUACGUCAACUUCAGACACCCAGAGGACGCCAAGGAGGCGCGACACGCGAAGUCUUCCAGGUUAAUGCUGGGUGAGCGGCAAUUAAAAAUCGAACCCAUGUAUGUGAGGAGACGGAGCGUGACACCCCCAGAUGUUGGUUACUUACCUCUGCAUGCACCAUACCCAUAUAGGCAGCGUUCCAUGUCCCCGCCUGGUCCUGGUGUGAGCAACCUGAGGGAGUUAAGAGUGAGACAUUAUGCUCUUGACACUUUGGGUCUCAGCCGAGAGAGGGAGCGGCUGUUGGAUUAUUAUGGUAUGCUGGAUGAGAGAGGCCGGCCAUACGGCUUUCCUGCGAUGCCUGUGGUGGAGGAUUUAAAACCUGAAGAUGACCAGAGGGCAACCAGUAAUUUGUUUAUAGGAAAUUUGGAUGGCAAUGUUACAGAGGCAGAGCUGCGGAGGGGUUUUGAUAAGUAUGGCAUUAUUGAGGACGUUGUCAUCAAGCGUCCAGCCCGAGGACAGGGUGGGGCCUAUGCUUUUGUCAAGUUUCAGAACUUAGACAUGGCCCAUCGGGCCAAAGUGGCCAUGCAGGGGCGCCUCAUUGGUGGCAACCCAAUAAAAAUUGGAUAUGGUAAGGCCAAUCCCACCACCAGGCUCUGGGUUGGUGGAAUAGGACCUGGAAAUUCCCUUGCUGCUCUAGUUCGAGAGUUUGAUCGUUUUGGAAGUAUAAGGAAUAUUGACUAUGUUAAAGGUGACAGUUUUGCUUAUGUUCAGUAUGAAAGUCUGGAUGCUGCACAGGCCGCCUGCUCCCAGAUGAGGGGUUUCCCUCUAGGUGGUCCUGACCGGCGACUGAGAGUGGACUUUGCUAAAGUAGAAGAAAGUCCCUCACGACAGUUUCCUUCUGGAUACCAGCCUUCUGUUGCAUUGCCCACAAGCUAUGACAUCCUAGGUGAUGCCUAUGGUCGCCGCCGAAGCCUGGAGCGAGAGUUAAGAGGCACCAGGGACCGAUCUUCCCCACCCUCCCACAGCCUCCUUUCACAGAGGGAGAGGGACAGGGCAGUAGACAGAGACUUUACUAACAGUCCCACCCGCAGCCUGGAGAGAAGAGCAGGGGGCGUGGAGGCAUUUGGCAGGAGUGCAAGAUCUGCAAGGAGCCGUAGCAGGAGUAGGGAGCGAUGGCGGGAAGAGAGGAGGAACAAGAGGCGAAGCCGCAGCCUUUCGGUGGAAAAGCAGGUAGAGGAGAGAGAGCGAGAAAGGGACAAGGACAGGGGGAGAACCAGGGUUCGAGGUGUAGGUGGAGUGAACUCUCCUGAUGCGAGCCCAGACAGAGCAAGGGUACGUGCACCAGACUCCACUACUGAACCCAGGGACCAUUCUCCAGACAGUGCAGGUCGUCAUGCCUCUACUACCGCCUCCAGUGAAGAUGAUCCACCCUCUGGUCGCCAUCACAGCAAGAGGUCAACCUCCAGCAUCCACCAUGCAAACCAUCACAGAAACAGCGAGGCCCCAGCUGCUGGUUCUCCUGCUGUCAACAUCCAUGACACCCACACCUCAUCUCCAAGCACACUCUCUGAGUUUGCCCAAGCCUCUCUCUCCAAAUCAUGGCACGGAUUCUUUGCAUUGAAAAACAGCAGCUUUCCUACAGACCUGUACCUGCUGGAGGGCGGUUCCACUUUCUUCAACACUGCCAUGAAAGAGAUCCUUAAACCACAGGCAGGCCAGAACCAGCCUGCCCAGCUCAAGAUUGCCCAGAGGCUACGCAUGGACCAGACACGGCUCGAUGAAGUGUCUCGCCGUAUCAAAUUAGGACGACCUGAUGGCUUUGCCAUCCUUCUGGCGCUCCAGGGGCCCAUCGACCGCCAGGCAUCAUCCUCAGAUCCUGGACUGCAGGUACGCCUUUUACGUCACCUGGUGACCUACUUGCGCAACAAGGAGGCUGCCGGGGUUGUAAGUCUUCCUGCCUCAAAAGAGGGAGGAUCUGGUGCAAUGCUGUACGCCUUCCCUCCGGGAGAGUUCUCCCAGCAGUACCUGCAGGCCGCCAAAAGGACUGUAGGUAGCGUGGACGAAGAGCAUAUGGUGAUUGUGAUUGUCAACGACACUAACUGAUGAUGACACCGAGAGGUUCAAUAGAAGUGUAGAAACGAUGUACAGACUCACCACAGGAACUUCCAUGUUUUUAAAAAAAAAACAUUUUAUUUUUGUUUUUCUGACAUUUUAUUGAAUCAUGGUGGAUUACACUACACAACUUUUCUCUUUUUGUAUUUUGCCUUGUUUAGAUCAGUGAAGUUGCAUGUUUCACCCUUUUAACUAUUUAAAAAGGAACUGACAAGUUAUUCUUAUGCUGAGAAUCAGUAUAACACCAAGGCUUGCCCUAUCGAAAUAUAUGGCGGCCUUUGGGGACCAAAAGAAAAUACGCAGACACUGCUAAGUGUUUCAAACUGAAAUCUAUAGAGAAAUCAGUGAUUUUCUUAGCACAGACCACACUAGUUGUUGAUUCAUCCCUGCAUUCAGCAUUAAAAUAUUUUUUACUUUGGUGCUUGAAAUCCAUUAUACAGAUUUACCCCAUUGACAUAAACUGGUCACAGGAGGCAGCAGUAAACCAGCAACCUUCCUGUCUUGAUUGGCUAAAGUCGCUGAUUUCUUCUAUAAUCUUUUGUGUUUAAGAGUAAGUGAUGUUCUGUUUAGAAUAUGUUAAGAGUGACUAAGUGGCCUAAUUGGAUGGACUAGUUAAAGUUAGUCUUUCCUUCUUCUAGCUCCAACUACAGAUUACCAUUUGUCAUGGAACUACACCGAAAGAAAAUCUUGUUGGUCUUUAACAGCUUUUACAUGACACUAAAAUGAGUCUGUUUACACGGAGAUUUGUCCAAACUGAGAUUGUGUUUGUACUGUAUUUGUACGGUCGUGUUCAUUACGAAAUGUUUGUGUUUGCAGUUUGGUAGAAAGCAGCAGUUCAAUGGUCAGCAGUCAUACAAAAACAAACUGUUUAGUUUUGAUGUAAUCAUUUUAACCAUUCCAGGGUAUACAUUAUGAUUAAGUUUGUAUUAAUCAUUGCAUGCAGAAAAAAAAAUAGUUCCUUUGAAUUCUCUGCUUCCCAUUCAGAUGGUGCAUGGUUUGAUGUCACUGUAUCCAGGUUUUAAUCUGCAGAUCCUUCAGAAAUUUGUCAAAACCCUAAUAUUUAAAGAAACUAUUUUAGCUUGCACUCAUAUUUUUGUACCAGUGGUAAAAACACAAACAUGGUAUCUGGUAAAAUUUUAUGUUAUUUCCUUACUGACCUCAAAAGGUGUUAGUGCUACAGGACAUUUUCUCACAUCCUAUUGAACAAAAAAAGUGACUAAAAUUCACUGGGACAGGAGCAUCUAGUGCAGGUUCCUGUGAGCAGUUUUUGUUAGGAGCCUAAAUUUGAAUGGAGAAUUUUAAACAAAUCGGACAAAAUAACAAAUUUAUAUUCGUUGUUAGCAGUAAAUCAGUGAAUGCAGAAUUCCUGAUGAGUACUUUUGUAACCCUUAUAAAAACAUGUGCUGUUGUCAGUUUAAUUAAAAAAAAAAGUCUAACAUUUUAUAAAAUAAAGGAGUGAAUGUUAAAGAAGAAUAAAACUUACUGUAAACAUAUUUGUGAUAUGAUAUAAUUCCAUGACAAACCCAUUCAGGUGUUUGCUCUGCUGUAAUUCACAGAUGUGACAACCAUACAGGACAUUUGAACAUUUGCUGGUUGUGCCAACUGAUAAAUACUGUCACUUGUUUAUUUUAAACAUUCUUAUUUUUUUUAAUUUCUUCUCAAUUACUGAGAAAACUACAAUUUUUUUCUGUGGGACACUUUUUGGUAUUUAAUCAGUUACACACACAAUCGCUUGGAACUGUUAUUUGAGCUGCGUUGUGGGUCGUUCACAUGACAGAAGUUCACAAUAUCACCAAUAGCCUAAGUCAUAUUUUACAACUGAAAAUUGAUGUUUUAAAACCAAUCUCUCCAAACCAAAUUCCAUAGAAAAAAAUAGUGAUUUAAGUUUGGAGACACAGACGCUGCUGAUCCACUACCUUUCUCUCCUCCUGUGGUCGGUUUGUGACAUUAAAGGUAAAUCUAAACUAUUCAGUAUAAACAACGCCUCUGUCCCCCUGAGCUAAAAUCACUGAUUUUCGCUUGCUGCCUGAGGGUGAGUGGUUUUACAAAUCUAGGUUUCUGGAUGUGAAAGUCUAACAGCGAUAAAGUGGUGCAAACAUUGAUAUUGUAAACAUAAGUUGAUGUAAUGUUUCAACAGCAGGGGCACUAUUGCACACUGGUGACUAUUAGCAAUGUGCUACAGCAGCAAUUAACUAUCAUUCAUCUAUAGUUACUUUCCAUACAUUUUGAACUACAGCAUGUAUAUUUGUCUUCUUUUAAAUUGUACAUAAGAUUUUCUGAUGGUCAUUGGUCUGAUAAACCCUUACUAAACAAACAAUCUACAGUCCUUGGCGACAAUCUGUUUUUGUAAACACAUUUCCCUGCUGUAUUUUUUUUAUGUUGACAAAAGACCAUUUUAUUCUUCAUCAAAAAGACAACAUGUAAUAAACAUUUAUGCUCUUUGUAAAA